AUGAAAGCAUCUCAGAAAAACCCGCAGGUCCACCACUUCAGUCACCGCCAUCCCCUGGAGCUCUCUCACCUCCACCACGAAGAAAAGAAGGCCGCCGUUUGCUCUGGCUGCCAGCACCACAUUUCGGGCCGGGCCUACUUCUGCACGAAGGCCGAAUGCCCGUUCCUUCUCCACGACCUCUGCUUCGACCUCCCUCGCCGCCUCCGCCACCGCUCACACCCCGAACAUCCCCUGAUCCUCCGCCACUCGCCGCCAUACGCCGGCGGCGAGUUCACCUGCAACGCGUGCGGCGAUUCAGGCCAGGCGUUCACGUACCACUGCGGGACGUGCGGGUUCGAUCUGCACGUGGAGUGUGCCUCCUUGCCGGGAUUCGAGAUCCGGCGCGAUCACGCCCAUCCUCUGGUGCUUGUGUGGGAUUUUCCGGUCAACGGACGUGACUGCCAAUGCUACGUUUGCGGCGAUGUGUUGGAGAGUGGUCGGUGGGUGUAUUCUUGUCUGGCCUGUGGUUGUGGGGCCCAUUUGGAGUGCGCAAGCCACUGA